AUGACGUCACCCGCCCCCGCGCUCCUAUUGGCUGAGGGCGGCCCCCCCGCGCGGAAUAAAGUCACCAUGUCGGCGUUCCAGAAGGUCACCGUGCUGUCGUGUGUGUGUGUGUGUGUCGCCCUGCUGCUGCCGAAACUGCUUUUAUCCGGAGAAGGAAGAGGGGGAGGGGAGAGUAAUGAUGUGUGUGUGUGCGCAGGUGCUCGUUUUCCCCCGAUGCUGCAGAGGAAGGUGGUGGCAGCGCCCCCAAGUGGUGCAGAAGGGAACAGCGCUCAUCAACCCAAGGCCAUCGCCAGGGCGAAGGGCAGCACAGCAGCGGCGGGAAAAUCCAACCUGGCGGGGCAGAUCAUUCCCGUCUACGGUUUCGGAAUUCUGCUCUACAUCCUCUACAUCAUCUUCAAGAUCACGUCUAGAGGGAACACGAGUAACUCUCAGGAGAGCAGGUUUCCUGCAGCGAGAUCCGAGAACAUAAAGAGAAAAAUAACGGACUUUGAGCUGACGCAGCUGCAGGAGCGUCUGAUUGAGACGGAGGAGGUGAUGGAGAGGAUCGUAUCAAGAGCUCGAGCUCAAAACGCAAACACACCGAGAGAGGAGUGUGUGAGUGUGGAUCAGGAGGAGAAGCUGCUGCUCCAGCUCAGAGAGAUCACUCGGGUGAUGCAGGAGGGACAAUUAGUGGACGGGAUUCAUGCUGAGACAAUCGACCCACAACGUGAUCACGAGUUCACAGAUGAUCCUGAGGAGAUGCUGAAACACUGGAGCUCUCACUGCUGUACCGCCCACCAUCGAACAGAGGACGAGGAGACGGAGAGAGCAGACAGACGGACGGAGGACGAGGAGACGGAGAGAGCAGACAGACGGACGGAGGACGAGGAGACGGAGAGAGCAGACAGACAGGCUGACGGCUGUAAGAGGAACGAAGAGGAGGAGAUGAAGCAGUCUGAGGAUCUGCGCCCGAACACGUCGACGUUAGAACAUGUGAUAAGACGCAGAAGAGGAACCGCCCAAGGAACUGAAUCUUCUCUUUGAGGCCUCACGCUGCUCUUGAAGUUCUGAUUACCGUUUAAGUUUUUUACUUUUUGCACACAGCUUACUCACACGUCUGGCCUCUCGUCACGUGCGUUCUUGCAUGGUGAAGCUCUCUCCAGAUCUCGUCUUCCAGAUUACAAAUUAAAUUAAACUUCAGGAGCAUUAGUACAUCGCACACACACUCAGAAGGAGAAGUUAUGCUGUAACACAGCGGCUAAAUGGACAGCGUAUGAUAUCGCGGUGAUAUACUUUUUUUGAUGUACUUUAAGCCCCGCCCCCGGUGGACACUGUGCUGCUGUUGUGUGUGCAGUGAAGGAUGUAACAGAGGUACAGGUGAGAGUGUAAAUGUAU